AUGGCGGAGAUCCACGUGUGCCACGCUGGUACGUGCCGGGCACGCGGCGCCGAGGCGGUGCUCGCAGAGAUUGAGGAGCUUGUCAGCGAGGUCGGCGGACGCUGCAAAGUCCGGCAGUCGGGAUGCCUCGGCUAUUGCAACGAGGCGCCGAACGCCAUCAUCCUGGAGCGCGGCGCGCGGCGCCUCGACCCGAACAACGUCUUCACGCGCAUUCGCACCCUCGACGCCAGCGCCAAGGUCGUCGAGCGAGCGACCGGCAAGCGGCCUCCUCUCGAGGGCGCCGGCACCUCGGAGCGGCUCGCGAGCCUGCGCGCGGCACGGGCGAGGCAGCACGCCAUCUCGGUCUCAAAGUGGAACACUGCGCUCCACGGCCUCGCGGAGCAGGCGGCUGUCAAGCCGGCCCUCCGCUCUGAGCUCUCCACGCUGCUCCGCAAGGCUGGCUUCCCGGAGGGCGUGCGUGCGGACAGGGCGGGCCAGGCGAUGCCGUCGGCCAUCGCAAACUACUCGCAAUGGUCGCUAGAGAGCGUGACGCCC